AUGAGUAAAUUUAUAAAAGAAAAACAAUUAGUUACAAUUUUUCCAUAUGUUGAUGUAGCUUUAAGAAUGUUMCUUUGUAAUUUGGCCUCCAACUGUUCAACCGAAAGGUCUUUUUCYACACUCCGUAGAAUAAAAAAUKAUUUAAGAUCAUMUAUGUCUUCAGAAAGACUUAAUAKUCUUDCARUUCUUAACAUAGRAGCUACUCUUACAAAGAGCUUAAAUUACUCAGACUUGAUAAAAUCAUUUUCAGAAAACGUCACUCGGCCCGUGUACGUGAACAAACCGCUCGUGGACACGGUGGUCUCGGCGAUCAACACGUCAUCCGUGCAUUAUGACCAAAGUUCGUCAGACUCGACAACCAUUUGCAAUCUCAACAACGUGCUGCCGUCAAUGAGUUACGAUUACCAGCACCAUACACCCUUGACCAGUGUACAGAUUGGCGGUCCAGUGGUACCACCGCCACCCGUUUACGGAAUGUCGCGUGACGAACAUCAGUACUCGCCAAUAGUGACGGGCGUCAGCGCAAACUCUUACAUGCAGACUGAGGUCAAGCCCAGCUCAAGAGUACGCUCGUAUGAAUCCGAAAGGGACUAUAAAAAAUCAGCUUGUGACCGAGAACGGACUAGAAUGCGAGACAUGAACAAGGCUUUCGAUUUGCUGAGAAACCGUUUGCCAAAGAGUAAACCACCUGGGAAGAAACUAUCUAAAAUCGAGUCAUUGAGGAUGGCCAUACGGUACAUAAGACAUUUACAAGCAAUCUUGGAGUAUGGACCAGACUACGAAACAAAACUCUACACUGUGCCUGCGUGUACCCAAUAUCUACCGCCGCCAACGUACUACGGUUACCAGCCACAGUAUGGUCAAUGUUGGAAUGUUGCAGGCGAUUAUCUUCCAAAUGUAAACYAAUUUUAGCUAAAAACAAUCACCAGCGUGUUAUGUCUUGUUCUUACAAUCUUACGAAAUAAUUUGAACAUACCUACCUAUACAAUAUAAUACCAUUAAUACCAUAUAUACGAGUAGGUAGUAUAAAUUGAUUAUACAUUUAUAUAAAUACUAAACGAAUCGUACGAUGUGUAUAGUAAUAAUAUUAUAUUCUUUGCGAUUUGAUUUACGUCGUUGAUUUUAUUUCUAUUUCUUAAUCAUUUUUUAC